UUGUAGAACAGAAACUCACGAGGCCUGUCACUCUUCUACACCCUAUUAUCGUUUAUCUAACUGGACCCGGUGUCUUUGUCUCCAAUUUGAAAUGUACCGCACGGCUAAAUGGGGUGUAUUGGCUCACUUUAGCCUGGGCCAAUUAUUUUAUUCAAAUGGCACUGUGCUUGAAUCACCGAAAAGAAAAGGCCACUUAUUUUCUCACCAGAGAUAUUACACUUGGCCGUCGAACCCCCAACCCACGCCAUACGAGGUCAUGGGAAUCCAGAAAUAUUCAAAGUACGCCAAAUCCAGAACGCCUAGCGCGAUAUCACCUCGUUGUCGAUGCACACGCAAUUCUCUCCAAUGACCAAAAACGAUCGGCGUAUGAUAUAUAUGGCCUUGGCUGGACUCUAUCGUCGAAAAACCGUGAUCUUUGCGGACGGAGCUGUUCAAACACGAGAUGUCAUGGAUGGAACAACGAUAGGACCAAUCAUAAAGCGGAGCAAAAAUUCUUUAAGCAUUUAUCUAGUAACAGAAAGUUUAUCUGUUUCAUUUUAGUGAUUGUGACAUUUGCACAGACAUGUGUGCUUUUGAGCUCCAUGGCCAAGUCGGAGCUACAGAUGAGGCGAACAGAUGAACAGUCCCGAGAGCUCAUGGUUCGCCACAGGGAGCGAGCUCUCAAUUUGAGGACGCUCGUUGCGCAGAUGGAAUGCCUCUUGUUAAAAAGAGACCCUUCUGGUGCUGGGCUUCUUCCGACCGAGGAGACAUUUUAUCGCGAAAUGCUUCCUCUCUGUAUGUACGACUCCUGAUUAAAUAAAAUGCUUCCGGGUUUAGUGUAAUGAGAUUUAAGUCCUGUCUCAAUAAUAGAAUCUCUGCUUCCCUCCACUUCUAGAGAGCUAGUGUCAAACAGCCAAAAAUUUCACUUCCACAACUUUGCAGCACCUUCGCCAGUGGAGGUCUACUUCGAUGGUGGUCCACAUUCGGACUCUCAAACAACUGGAUGAAAAACUCCGCUAAUAUCUACCUAGGCGCAUUUGAAUCCGAGAAAAUGCUGCGGUCGAAAGACUUGUCAAUCUCUGAGAGCUUUAAUUCCGGUAACUUAAAGCCUGCUGUUAUUGAUGCGCGAUACCCCCAGCUGCCCAUUCCCGAAAUCCAGAUUGAAGACACUCUAGGCAAUAAAUUAUCCAACCAGAUAUCCUGCACGAUCAUACCAGCUAUUAAAUAAGUGCUCCAGCUCAUCUGCUUACGCCAUUCGAUCUGUAAUUGUGACUCGCUAAUCGUCCCACAAGGAAAAGCAGAUCGAAC